AUGCGGGAUGUUAGACCAACUGUUGAGAAUCUAAGGUGUGUCUCCAGACUCUCCCUUCGCAACGCUCCAAUCCUCCCGUGCCCCUUCACUCCAAACACGACGCGUUCGUCGCAAUUCUCCCUUCCCUCGGCUCAUUCCGUGCGCGCCGCGUUCUUUUCCUCUCGUCCGUUCCUCCCUUACCCGCCACGUCGCAUUCAGUGUCCCGUCCGCUUCCGGUGCGUGCUGCCGUCUCUUACUUCUAGACGAUUCGACGGUGUCAUUGGUACGCCUCGUCCCAUUCUGCCUAUUGUCUCUUCCUCGCCGCUGCGCCUCGUGCAUUCCGUGCUCUCGUCCGAUCCGACCUUCCUCGCCUCGCUCGUCUCCCCCUCUCGUCCGUUGCUUGCAUCCGCGCCUCGCUCGUCUCCCCCUCUCGUCUGUUCCUUGUUCGCGCCGCGUUCCCAUUCCAGCUCUCGUCCGAUCCUCCAUACCGCGCCUCGUUCUUUGCUCUCACUCGUCAGAUCCUCCCUUCCGCAAGCGUACACUCUCCUUCUCUGCGCCUCUCCUCCAUUGAGCGUACCCUCUCAUGCCCCGCUGCUCUUCUCUUCCAUUGUGCGUGCACUCCCUUUCCCCUCUGCGCCAUUCGCAUUUUGUCUCGCUCAUCUCCUCCUGUGCGUAUACAAUCACAUUCACCGCUGCUCCUCUCCUCCCUUGCGCCUUCUCUCUCCCUACCCCCUGCUCCUCUUUUCCCGUGCGCCUUCCCUCUCUUUCUCUCAUUCCGUGCGCCUUCCCUCUCAUUCCCCUCUCAUUCUCUCAUUCCGUGCGCCUUCACUCUCAUUCCCCUCUCAUUCCCCUCUCAUUCUCUCAUUCCGUGCGCCUUCACUCUCAUUCCCCUCUCAUUCUCUCAUUCCGUGCGCCUUCACUCUCAUUCCCCUCUCAUUCUCUCAUUCCGUGCGCCUUCACUCUCAUUCCCCUCUCAUUCUCUCAUUCCGUGCACCUUCACUCUCAUUCCCCUCUCAUUCUCUCAUUCCGUGCGCCUUCACUCUCAUUCCCCUCUCUUUCUCUCAUUCCGUGCGCCUUCACUCUCAUUCCACUCUCUUUCUCUCAUUCCGUGCGCCUUCACUCUCAUUCUCCUCUCUUUCUCUCCUCACUUGCGCCUCCUCCUCUCUUUCCCCUCUGACUCUCUUCUCCCGCGCGCGUUCUCUCUCGUUCCUCUCUGUUUCUCUCAUGGUUGUGCGCAUCCUAUCUCAUUCCCCUCCGUCUCUCUCCUCCCGUGCGCCUUCUCUCUCAUUCCCCUCUGACUCUCUUCUUCCGUGCGCCUUCUCUCUCGUUCCCCUGUGCGCCUCUCCUCCCAUGCGCAUUUCGUUUCAUUCCCCCUUGCUCAUCUCCUCACGUGCCCGUUCAACCUCAUUCCCCUCUGCGCCUCUCCUCCCAUGCGCAUUUAGUCUCAUUCCCCUCUACUCCUCUCCUCCCUUGCGCGAGACCUCUCAUUCCCCUCUGUUCCUCUCCUCCCUUGCUCAUUUAGUCUUUUCCCCUGCUGCUCCUCUCCUCCCGUGCGCGUAUACUCUCAUUCCCCUCUGGUUCACUCCUCCCGUGCGCAUUCUCUCUCAACCCCCUCUGUUUCUCUCCGCUCGUGCUCCUGCUCUCCCAAUCCCCUCUGUUUUCCUCCUCCCAUGCGCCUUCGCUCUCAUUCCCUUAUGUAUCUCUCUGCCCGUGCGCCAUUUCUCUCCCGUACGCUCGUCUACUCUGCGCUCCGCCUACUCCUCCCUUGUUGUGCCCGUAUUUGCACAAUUUUCACACAUCUCCUCUCCUCCUAUGCUCGGCUUCUCUGUUUCGCGGACUGGUGCUCUGGCCUGGUGCUUUUCUUCUCUGUUUUCACCCUACUCCUCUCCUCUCAUGCGCAUUUCGUCUCAUUCACCUCUGCUCAUAUCGUCCCGUGCGCCUUCUCACUCAUUCCCCUCUGCGCCUCUCCUCCCACGCGCAUGUAGUCUCGUUCCCCUCAACUCUCCUCCCUUGCGCGAGACCUCUCAUUACACUCUGUUCCUCUCCUCCCAUGCGCAUUUUGCUUUACUCGCCUCUGCUCCUCUCCUCCCGUGCGCCUACAGUCGCAUUCCCCUCUGCUCCUCUUCUCCCGUGCGCCUUCUGUCUCUUCCCCCCAUGUUCUCUCCUCGCUUGUGCGCAAACACUCGCAUUCCCCUCUGUUCCUCUUCUCCUGUGCGCCUUCCCUCUCAAUCCCCCGUGUUUCACUCCUCUCCUGUGCGCAAACACUCUCAUUCCCCUCUGCUCCUCUUCUCCCGUGCGCCUUCUCUCUCACUCCCCUCUGGUUCACUCCUCCCGUGCGCCUUCUCUCUCCCAUACGCUCGUCCUCUCUGUGCUCCGCCUGCUCCUGGCAGCUGUUGCCCGUUUAUUCCGAGUUUCCACACUUCUCCACCCCUCCUAUGCGCGGCUCAGGGCCUUGCAGCCUGGUGCUCUGUUCUGGUGCUUUUCUUCUCUGUUUUCACCCUUCUCCUCUUCUCCCAUGCUCUCUAUCUUACGGCUUGUUUUGCAGAUGUCGUUCCUCUGCCCAAGAUGCCGCCUUUGUUCCUUCGAGACACGCUCAGGGCUGGGUCGGCACAUGCAGAGCAAUGCUUGCCCUGCCAACCUCAUUAG